CAUGUAACUGUGCUUUUAUUAUGUCAGAUACAUAUUCAACCAAAAAUUCAACAUUUUCAUCUUUCCAAUUACCAAACACCCAGAAAAAAAAUAAAAAUAAAAAUAAAUAAAUCAACUUAUUAGCGGCAACAAUCCAGCUCUUCCAUUGUAUUGCCAAAAAAAAAAAAAAAAUCCUACUCUUCCAUUGUUCCUCUGUUUGAUUCAGAUUUCCCCACUCAAAAGUAUCAAGCCUCCACUGAAGAAAAGCUAAAAACACACUCUUCUCUGACUCUGUCUCUUCCUCGCCAUUUUCUCGUUGCUCAAGAUAUAGAGAGAAAAAAAAAAAAGAAAAAAAAAAAGCAAGUUCCCUUCCUCGCCAUUUUCUCGUUGCUCAAGAUAUAGAAACAAAAAAAAGCAAGUUGCUUUGGUACCGGAGAAGAAGAAAAACUCAGCAAACAGAGAGACAGUGAGAGGUAGUCACUCGCUUCUACCAUUUUUGGGUGCUAACCAAAACAUGGGUUUCAAAGUAUUUCUCUUCUCGCUUCUCAUUCUCAUCGCAAGCCUAAAAUGGGUUUGUGGGAAUGCAGAGCACAAAGCACUCAUGGAUAUAAAAGCUGCUUUAGACCCAGAGAACCAGUAUCUCUCUUCGUGGACCAUCAAUGGAAACCCAUGUGAUGGCUAUUUUGAAGGUUUAGCUUGCAACGAGGUUGGUCAAGUAGCAAACAUUUCGCUGCAGGGAAGAGGGCUAUCUGGAAAGCUCUCACCGGCCAUUGCCGACCUCAAGAACUUGACAGGGCUAUACCUGCAUUAUAACUCUUUGUACGGAGAGAUACCCAGAGAAAUUGCAAACUUGACUCAACUCGGUGAUUUGUAUUUGAAUGUGAACAAUCUCUCCGGUGAGAUUCCCUCUGAGAUCGGAAACAUGGGAAGCUUGCAAGUUUUGCAGCUAUGCUAUAAUCAGUUGACUGGAAGCAUACCCACACAGCUUGGGUCUUUGACCAAGCUUAGUGUUCUUGCUCUGCAAUCUAAUCAAUUAACUGGAGCUAUACCAGCAAGUUUGGGGAAUUUGGAAAUGCUAGUGAGGCUGGAUCUGAGUUUCAAUAACCUUUUUGGUUCCGUUCCCUCAAAACUAGCUGAAGCUCCUUUGCUAGAAGUUCUAGAUAUCAGAAACAAUACUCUCUCCGGCAAUGUGCCUCCUGCUCUGAAGAAACUUAAUGAAGACUUCUUGUAUGGAAACAACCUCGGUUUAUGUGGAGUUGGAUUUGCCUCCUUAAAAGCCUGCAAUGUUUCCGGUCUUGACAAUCCAAGCAGGCCUGAACCCUAUGCAUCAGGCACCACUGGUCUGUCCACAAGAAACAUCCCGGAGACAGCAAAUGUGAUAUUGCCUUGCAACCAAACUCGGUGUUCCAAUCUGUCAAAGUCCCAUCAGGCUUCUGUUGUUGGUGGUGUAGUAGUGAUAACUAUUGCAUUGUUCGCAAUAGGAAUUCUAACCUGCACACAGUAUCGCCGGCGGAAGCAGAAGCUCGGGACCCCUUUUGAUAUUUCUGACUGCCGGUUAAAUGAUGAUCAUGCCAAGGGGGCGGUUAACAGGAAAAAAGGCUCUCCUCUCAUUAGCCUCGAGUAUUCCAAUGGUUGGGACCCUUUGGCUGAUGGCCGGAAUUUAAGUGUUUUUGCCCAAGAAGUGUUCCAUAGCUUUAGGUUCAAUUUGGAUGAGGUGGAGGCUGCUACUCAUUACUUCUCGGAGAUGAAUUUGUUGGGGAAGAGUAACUUCUCUGCAACCUAUAAGGGAGUAUUAAGAGAUGGAUCUGUUGUUGCUAUUAAGAGCAUUGGUAAAACAUGUUGCAAGUCAGAGGAAUCCGAGUUUUUGAAAGGACUGAAUAUUUUGGCCUCGUUGAGGCAUGAAAACUUAGUGAGGUUGAGAGGAUUUUGUUGCUCAAGGGGCCGAGGCGAAUGCUUUCUCAUUUACGACUUUGUUCCUAAUGGAAAUUUACUGCGUUAUCUUGAUGUGAAAGAUGGUGAUGGCCAGGUGCUCGAAUGGUCAACGCGAGUUUCAAUCUUGAAGGGAAUUGCUAAAGGUGUAACUUAUUUACAUGGAUACAAGCCAAAUAAACCUGCUCUUGUCCACCAAAACAUCUCAGCUGAAAAGGUGCUAAUUGACCAGCGUUUUAACCCGAUACUCUCAGAUUCAGGCCUGCAUAAGCUUCUAACAAACGAUGUCGUCUUCUCAGCACUCAAGGCCAGUGCUGCCAUGGGCUACCUAGCUCCUGAGUACACAACUACUGGUCGGUUUACAGAGAAAAGCGAUGUUUAUGCAUUCGGUGUGCUUGUUUUCCAAGUCCUUUCUGGAAAACGGAAAAUAACUAGCUCAAUGAGACUUAGUGCUGAGACAUCCAGGUUCCAAGACUUGAUUGAUUCAAACCUCCAUGGGAGGUUCUUUGAAUAUGAAGCAGCUAAGCUUGCAAGAAUUGCUUUGCUUUGUACUCAUGAGUCUCCUCUGGAAAGGCCAUGCAUGGAAGCCAUUGUUCAAGAGUUGGGUAACUGUAGUAGCUGUCUCAGCAUUGGAUGAUGAUGAAGAUGAUGAUGAUGUUGGAAUGGGUACUGGUAAGCCGGAAAAAUGACUCUCACUAACUGCUCAUUGGUAAUUGUAAUUGUAGGACUUGUUGAUUUUCCUGUAAUUUUCCUAGUCCUUUUCUUUAGGACUAAGGUUUGUAGUGGCAAUUGCUAAAUCAUGCUUUGUUGUAAAAUGUGGGAUUGUUAUGGGGGAUUUUUCUUUUGUAAUCACCUGUAUCUAUGGAGAAUUUGCUAUGUUAAAGAGGUGAAUUCCCCUCCAUCAACAUAACCAGUUUUACCUUCCAGGGGAAGGGUCACUAAAUAGGUUUUAUUAUAACAAAACCAACGCAGGACAUUUUUUA